AUGAGUAUAUUGUCCAUACCAGGACUAAGUGUGAUUCACAAGAAUUCCAUGACGAUGGCUCCUCUUGCCCUGUCCCCGAUAUCAUCACUACUUCUAUUUAAAUCUGGAUCAGGUCCCACAGGUAGUAAAUCCUAUGCUACUACCACCACUCAAGAUGUUACGAAAAAUAUAAAGGGUAAGAAGAAAUUUAAGAAAGAAAGUAAACAACAAAGAGUUACAGUGAAACCUUUGAAUUCAAGGAAAACGUUCUUAAUUGAUUAUUACAAACAUUUAAUGGAGUCUAAUUCCGUCAUACUAUUUCUUCAUUAUAAUAACUUGCUAAAACAAGAAGAUCAUUUCUUCAGAGCUCAAGUGAAACAAACAGGUGGGACCUUAACUAAAAUAAGAAAUAGAUUAUUUCAAGUAUAUUUGAAAAAUUCUAAACGUGAAGAUCCUUGUGCUCCAUUGAAUGGGGACAAAUGUCAACUUCUUACAAACCAUCCCUUAUUACCCAUAUUCAAGGGCCCCACAGCAGCAAUCACUUUCAAAGAAUCCAUUCCUGUAAAUAUAUUAAAAUUAUCAAAAGUUUUAGAAAAGGCAAAAUCACAAGAUAAAUUGUUUAUAAUUGGAGCACAAAUUGAUGGACAAACAUUUACAUUGAAAGACAUUAAAGAUUACCAAAUGUUACCAUCUAAGGAACAGUUGAAUGUACAAUUGGUACAAAUAUUACAAUCAUUAUCAGGUGUUUCAUUAGUUCAAUUAUUACAAUCUGCGCCGGUAGGGUUGGUGUCAAACCUAGAAUCUCAUGUUAACAACAAACCCUCGUCUUCGUCGGAAGGGAAACCCUAA